AUGAUGUUGAGGAGGGAUAGGAGGUCAGGAGUGAGAUUCAUUGAGGAUGGUAGGGACCGAAGUCUCACAUUCUUCAAGAGGCGCUCUGGGCUUUUCAAGGCGGCAUCUGAUUUGUCCACCCUCACUGGCGCUAGGGUUGCAGUGGUGUUGGAGUCCGAACAUGGGAAGUUCUCCUCUUUCGGCACCCCAGAGGCUGGCCCCAUAGUUGAUGCUUUCCUUUUAGGGAGUGCACCAACAGAUCUUGAUAUCACUGAAGCAGAUAAGGCUUCAAUUACCAACUUGCAGAAUGAGGUGUUCCAGCUAGAGAAAGAGAAGACCAUGGAGGAUAAGAGGAAGAAGGAGAACAUAGCACGAACCAACAAUAAGAUCCAGGAGGCCUCAAAGCAAGCCAAGUAUGUUUAUGGUAACAUAGAGGAUCUUGAUGCCACUGAGCUCUUUGACAUGUACUGUGAGCUCUCACGAGUAAAGAAAGAGAUUGAUGAUUGCUUACCUACCUUGCUCCGUGGGGACAAAGUAGAAGCUGGUGGUCAUCUUAGAGAUCCGUCACUGCUGCAGCCCACUUGGUGGCGUUCCAUGCCUCCUCCACAAGUUGCGACACCACCAAAGUAUCCAUGGGCUUCCUUUCAAGCUUGCUUCCAUCAACAUCCAUGGUUGUCCACAUCUACAUCAGUGCCAACAAGGUCAGGCUCCUCGCUUCCAAACUCAAUGAUCCUUCCAUCACCGCUGGUACCACAAAACCCAUUGCAACAUCACUACCCUCUGGCACCACAUAGUCCUCCCACUUCCAGUGUGCAAUUCCAAGCACCCAAGACACUGCCAACACCUAUGGAAGCUCAUAACCCUUACACCAAUCACAUCCAUGGGAUAGACAUCAAUGAUAAUAGCUCACACCCAUUCUCAUUUUCACCUAUACUAUCUUCAUCGAUGACACCCCAACGAUCAUCAUUGCAAAUGACUCCACCAUUAGAUGAUUCAUUUUCUCUAUCGUUGUCACCGCAAAUUUCAUCCCCGAUGCAUCUAGGGUCAUCAUUCCAACAACAACUUCCUUUCAAUGUACAGAAUUACAACUCUGUGCUGCCACCUCAAAACUAUACAAAUGUUGGCUCAACUUUGAUCCAUUCUCAUCAAUUGUUCUAUAGUAACUUAUCAUCACCUGAACUAAAUGUUGAGUUGGGAAGCAUCGAGAAGAGUGGAGCCACCCAAGUUGGCGACGGUGGACACAAUGAGAGAUUUGGUUUGUCCAACCCUCCACAAAGUGAUGGUGGCUUGGAUUGGAUGAUGCCCAAUUCCUUUUAUGUAGGAGAAAGCUCUGGUGGUGGCGAUGCAGGAGGCAAUCUUGGUGGCCUCAACUCCCCUUGGUACUAG